AUGCAAAAAGCCAUCCGCCUGGUCGUUCUCCUCGGCUUCGCAUCGCAGGUGAUGGCGCAAACCUGCCCUAUUCUUCCCGAUCCAACACUCACCGUCGGCACUGGAACUGCGCCUGCCGCUUGCUCGAUUGACGAGAUCUGCUACAUGGACGCUAUCGGUGUCGACACAUGUUACAUUAACUGGAUUACUACCACGACAACAGCCCGAACCCCAUCGCAGGAUUGUGUCCGUGUCUUCUGGCCGAUGACUCCCGCUUCUAUAAUCGCCGCCAGUUUGCAGCGGAUCGAACACCACCUCGAGAGGCAAGCGACAGCCACGGAC